AUCAGCUUUAUCUUACCGUCGCCGGCGGUUCAGACCACGUCAAUAAAAGAUCCGGGGACGCACCAGAACCAGUCAUUACCUUCUCACUUCCAUCUCUAUCCAGUGAAUUAAACAGUAUUGUUCAACUCCUUUCGAUUAUAUCGGUUCUUCGUUAAUGGCUGUGAUUUUGCAUUUGGUAGAGAAAUCAUCCGAUCAAAUCAGAAACUGGAAGUUCUGAUUCCUUGUCACUCAUCUACGAUAUGAAGAUUGUCUCACAUCAUAAGUCAAAGAAGCCAGAAGAAGAAAACAAUGGAAACUUCUUGAUGAUGUCAGAUGAAGAAGAAAAAGCAGGUUUAAAAACUGCUUGUCUCUCCUCCCUCAUUUCUCUCCAUUCCCCUGCAUUUCCUUCCCACCAGGAGAAAACUAAGGAACCCAACUCGCCAAACCUGUCAAACAAAAAAAUGCCCUCGGGCAAACCUUCUUCUGCCUUCCCUUUACAUCCCAAACCAACACCAUUAAAACCUUCAAGCAGCACCAGCAACACCAACAACAACACAAACCAAGCAUGCGCCGCCUGCAAAUACCAACGCAGGAAAUGCGCUCCCGAUUGUCUUCUCGCUCCUUAUUUCCCUCAUGACCGUCACCGCCAAUUCCUCAACGCGCAUAAGCUCUUUGGUGUCAGCAACAUCACCAAGAUCAUCAAGUCGCUUACCCCUCCUGAGAAAGACGCAGCUAUGCAUACAAUCAUGUUUCAGUCCGAUGCUCGUGCCAACGAUCCUGUUGAUGGAUGCUAUGGCAUCAUAAGAAAGCUUCAAUACCAGAUCGAAUACACCAGGAACGAAUUGGAGAUUGUUCUUCAGCAACUGGCUAUGUUCCGUGACCGUGCUCAUCACCAUCAUCAAGAACCGCAAAUCCAGAUUCAAGAACCAGAGGACCUCUCGAGUUUUUCGGGUUCUUGUGAUUUAAACAACAACAGUUCGAUACCUUACAAUUACCCUCUGAAUCACGUCCAAGAACCAAGUCAACAACAACAGUAUUGCUCGUCCGGAAAUAACUUCAGUGGGUUACAAGAAGACAUGUGGUGUCUUCAACUUCAAGAUUCAUCAACGACACUGAAUAUGAAGGCUGGUUUCAUCGAUGAAUGUGAGGACAUUAAGCCCGUGGAAGAGGUUUCAAGCGAAAGACACGAGUUCGAGCCCCAUGAAGCUUUCCUGGAACAACGGAAACUCGACUUGCCGUCCUCACAAUUCAUCAUCUCUUCCUAGCCUUUAUUUUUUUUUUCUCUUCGUCGUUUAUAUAUUUUUGUAUGAUCACUCAGCUUACUUUGUCUUGACUCCUGAGCCGUACGUAGUAGCCCUUCGUUUUUUUCUCUGAUUGAAGAUUCACUUUUCUAGGUCUCACUCAACAGAUUCACCUCAUUGAUCGAUUUAAAUAGUUUUUUCAUGGAUCUCUUUUUGUA